AUGGACUUAGAUUGUCCUGAGCAACCACCGUCCUAUUAUACAUUUUGUCUUCAUUCCAUCGCAUUUUUCUCAUUUCCAAUCAAUUGUUUGGGAUGUUAUUUGAUAAUUUGUAAAUCUUCUCAUUCCGAGUACAAAUAUAGACAACUGUAUCUUCAGGUAAAUCGCAUGGUUUGUUGAAUUUUACAGCUGCUUUUUUAGAUAGUCAGUUUCAUUGUGGAAAAUCAUAUGACAUGGCUUGGUGCAGGAUAUUAUUAUUAUCCAAUGUUUGGCGGUUACAAUACCUCACCAAUUCUGAGCCAUGUCAUUUCUCCUCAUACAAAUGUCAUUGGUUUGGUUUUUGUGUUAGCGUUUGAACUUCCAUCGUUGGUUAGUUGUUUUCAAUUUCGUGCGAAAUCAGCAGGGGAAUUGAGGCCGGUUAGUUUUUGUUUUUCAUUGUCAACAGCAUAACUCGCAUUUCGUUUUCAGACCAACAAAAUCUCACCUUAUUUCACAAAUUUUAUGACAUUUAUCGCUCAUUGUUUUCCAUUCAUCCUUUCUAUCUCAAUUUUCCUGUCAGAACCCUCCCAUGAAGAACAAUAUGAGUUCAUCUCCCAACAUUUUCCAAAAUGUCUUCAUCUUCUCAAGAAUCCAGAUUUUAUCGUUUAUGACUGGCGUACGAAUUUAGGUUGGAUAAUUGCAGCGGCUUCGGCGGUUAUUUGGGUUAUCACUUUUGCAUUGUACUAUAGUUUAUUAUAAGCAAGGUUCUAGACAAAAUUUGCGGUUUUUCAGGUACAGCCUGAGUUUAUCAAUUUACACAAUUCUAACUUUACACACAAUGCGUUGUCAUAUGUCAGCAACUACUUAUAAAAUUCAUAGAUCAGCUCUGAUUGCUCUCACAUUUCAAUGCAUAAUUCCAUUCAGCUGUAUUCUCGCUCCAAUUUCAAUGAUUGGUAUCAUUUUGUUGCAAGAGUUAUCGCAACUUCAAGAAUUGGCAACCGAUUUGUGGUUUCUAAUAGCGGCUCAUUCGAUGGCUUCAACAAUUGUUAUGAUUUGUUUCAACAGUCGAUAUUUGGAUUUUGUUCGGACAUUCUUCAGUAGAGCUUUCAAGUGAUGUUUUCGAUGAGAUUUGAAAUUAAUGAGACCCACCUUUUUCAGAAUUAAUGGGGUUGAAGUGGUUUCAUCUUCUUCAAAUGAUGCAAUUGUUUUCCGCAAAUAUGGAUAA